AAAAGCGUGAAGGAGGGAAUCCUGCUGAAGCAGACCAGCUCCUUCCAGAGAUGGAAGAGGAGGUACUUCAAACUCAGAGGCCGGACCCUGUACUAUGCCAAAGACUGCAAGUCCCUGAUUUUUGAUGAAGUGGAUCUGUCGGAUGCAAGUGUGGCCGAGACCAGCACCAAGAACAUCAACAACAGCUUCACGGUGAUCACUCCAUUUCGCAAACUGAUGCUUUGCGCCGAGAGCAGGAAGGAAAUGGAGGACUGGAUCGGGGCGCUCAAAUCCGUCCAAAAAUGGGAAACCUACGAGGCCAGCCAGUUCAACAUGGAGCAUUUCUCCGGGAUGCACAACUGGUACGCCUGCUCGCACGCCAGACCGACCUUCUGCAACGUGUGCAGAGAGGCGCUGCCAGGCGUCACCUCCCACGGCCUGUCCUGUGAAGUUUGUAAGUUCAAGGCUCAUAAGCGCUGCGCGGUCCGCUCCACCAACAACUGCAAGUGGACGACGCUGGCCUCCAUAGGAAAUGACAUCAUUGAGGACGAGGACGGGGUGUCCAUGCCUCACCAGUGGCUGGAGGGAAACCUGCCCGUCAGUGCUAAGUGCGUGGUGUGUGACAAGAACUGCGGCAGCGUGCGGCGGCUGCAGGACUGGCGCUGCCUCUGGUGCAAAGCCAUC